GCGCCAUUUUGCCGUUCAUUAUUCAAGUUUCUCUCGGACGUGUUUGUAGUGUGAUUAUGAAUACACACAAUGCAAAGUAGCACAGCUUUCACUGCAGUUUUUUUUAGAUUAGCAUAACGACUACAGCCCAGUAUAUACUGCAUGGCAUUUUUCAAGAACUGGUACAAAGUUUAAACGUAAAAAAUGUCGAACGAAAAUGAGCCAGAUGAGCAAAAUGACGACGAGGUCAUGAGUGAGUUAGGAGUUGACGAGAACGCCAACCAGACACCGGCGGGUAGCAGGGCACCUAGCCGGGCCAAGAGCCGCGGUAGUAUCGGGGAUGAUAGGAAGACCGUAACAAGAAGGGGUCUAUCGUCGAUCCGACCAGACAGCAGGCUAUCUGGAGUGGAGGAUAACGAGGUUGCCAGGAAUAACAGUGCAGCUUCGGAGUCGACAUACAGUGAGGCCUUUGGGUUCGAUACAGACCUAGAGGUUGAAGAUGUGCGUGAAGACUACGAUUCUUCGGGUAAAUCCACCUACAAGGAAGCCUGUCGACUCAAUGGUGUCAUUCCAGUCUCGUAUUUUCUGCGACAUAUUUCAGACACGGAGCUGAUCAUGAAGCACCAUGGUCUGGGUCCUGCGGGUGCAAAGGCUAUCGCCAUAUCCCUAGUGACAAACACAACAAUCUGCAAGCUGAAUCUGAGUGAUAACUGGCUGGAUGCUGAAGGAGGAAUUGCCAUCGCUGACAUGCUAAAAGAAAACUGCUACAUUACAGAACUGGAUUUAUCGGAAAAUAGACUUGGUAAUGCUGGUGCCAAAGCAUUAUGUGAAAUGCUCCUACAGAACAACACAGUAACACAUCUCACAUUAACAGGAAACAACUUUGAAGAUAAGAGUGCCGAGUAUUUUGCUGAAGUACUUUUGACGAAUAACAAGAUUGAGUAUUUGAAUCUGAGCCACAAUGAAUUCAGUGAGGCGGCUGGUCUGGUUCUGGGCCCAGCUAUCUCGGAGAAUAUCACCAUCAGGCAGGUUAACCUAAGCUGGAAUCACAUUAGGAGGAAGGGAGCUCUUUCACUGGCUAAAGGAGUCAUGAAUAACAUGGGUUUGAAGAUUUUGGAUCUAUCUUGGAAUGGAUUUGGUAAUGAGGGAGCGCAGGCCGUUGGUGAAGCGCUCAAGUUCAAUGGAUCACUGGAAGAAUUGGACAUUGUAAAUAACAGAAUAUCCGGUGAAGGUGCAGUGUUUUUAGGGAAAGGUUUGGCCCACAAUGAAUCGCUGAAGAUUCUGAGGACAGGGAAGAACCCAAUGCAGGCAGCUGGAACUUUUGCCAUCUUAAAGGCCGUCAAAGACAACUCUAAUACAUUGAUUGAUGAACUGGACUUCUCGGGAAUCCAAGUCAACAAGGACUUUGAAGACCUUUUCAAUGAGCUGAAAGAGAUAAGGCCGAAUGUCAAAGUCCACCACGGCGGUAUGAAGGAAGCCGUCAAGCCUAAACUGAAGCUCAAUCCCAUGCUCAAACUCCAACGCUACAUCCAGAAGAACAACCUACGCCUUGUCGACUUCUUCAAUAAGUUUGACAAGGACGGUAGCAUGAGCGUCACAUAUGCCGAGUUUGAGGAGGGACUUGUGGAGAGUGGGAUUGAUCUGUCCGAGGAGGAGAUUGCGUUUAUGAUCGGGGAGUUAGACAAGGACGGGGAUGGAGAGAUCAAUUACAGUGAGCUGUUAUUUGGAGCCGUCCAGACCAAGGAGAAGGGGCGUCAGUUAGAGCAGGCAGUCCGUGACUUCAAGCAGGCUGUGACUACAUCCAUUACAGAGUAGGCCUAUCACUAUUGGAGCCCUCAAAACAUUUAAGGCUAGUCGCAGUUCCUUGUAACUUUCUUUAUGUGCACAGCUACAAUUAUGGGUCACUGUAUGUUACAAAGAUACAAAUGGGGUGCGAUCAAGCUUAAUGAGUCAUUUGUCCGAAAUAUCAUUAUGGAGAACGAGCUAACUGGUUGACAUUUUCAAAAAGUGUUCUUCCUUACUAAAUAACAUAAAAAAGGGUUAAAAUUAGCAAUGAAAUCUCGACUUCAAACUCCCUUUUCUCAGUUCCAUUCUCUCGUAUCUCGUAUCUCUUGGUGUUUCUACUUUCACAUCUGUUAAGCCAAAAGAGGGGUAUCAACCUGGCUUUAAAGGCAGUGGACACUAUUGGUAAUUACUCAAAAUAAUUAUUAGCAU